AUGGGAAAUACUUGUAACUCUUGUUGCUGUGGCAAAAAAAGCAAAGCUGGUUUAUACGAACCUCUGUUGCAGGAAAACGAAAGAGAAGCCAUCACAGAGCUACUCCACUUUCUUGAGAAUCGCAACAACACAAAUUUCUUUGAGGGAGAGCCUCUUCGUGCGCUUUCUACGCUAGCAUUCUCAGAUAAUGUCGAUUUGCAGAGAUCAGCUGCCUUGGCUUUUGCAGAGAUAACAGAAAAAGAUGUGAGACAGGUGGGACGCGAAACAUUGGAUCCCAUUUUAUUCUUGCUUCAGUCGCACGAUGUUGAAGUACAAAGAGCUUCCAGCGCUGCUCUCGGUAACCUAGCUGUCAACACUGAAAAUAAGCUGCUUAUCGUGAAACUGGGUGGAUUGGAUCAACUUAUUCGACAAAUGGGUAGUCCAAAUGCAGAAGUGCAAUGUAAUGCUGUAGGAUGUAUCACCAAUCUGGCUACACACGAUCAAAACAAGUCUCGCAUUGCAAAUUCAGAGGCAUUGCGUUUAUUGAUUGAUCUGGCAAGAUCAAAGGAUCAACGAGUACAGAGAAAUGCAACAGGCGCCCUGCUGAACAUGACACAUACACAGGAGAAUCGACAGCAGUUGGUCAACGCAGGCGCUAUACCCAUCCUCAUCAGUUUAUUGAGCUCCCAUGACGCUGAUGUGCAAUACUACUGCACAACGGCAUUGAGCAACAUUGCCGUAGAUGCCGUCAAUCGAAAGAAGCUGGCCCAAUCAGAUUCCAAAUUAGUACAAUACCUCAUUCAACUGAUGGACACAAAGAGCCUUAAAGUGCAAUGUCAGGCAGCACUGGCAUUGAGAAACCUUGCAUCUGAUGAAAAAUAUCAGUUGGAAAUUGUUCAAUGUAGGGGCUUGCCACCAUUGCUUCGACUGCUCAAGUCUUCAUUUCUGCCACUGAUAUUAUCGUCUGUUGCCUGCAUCCGAAACAUCUCCAUUCAUCCAGCCAAUGAAUCGCCCAUCAUUGACGAGGGCUUUGUCAAUCCCUUGAUUGAAUUGCUCGCUUACGACGACAAUGAAGAGAUCCAAUGCCAUGCCAUCUCGACGCUCAGAAAUUUAGCUGCUAGCUCUGAACGCAACAAGAAGGCCAUUGUGGAAGCAGGCGCUGUGGAACGCAUCAAACAUUUGAUCAAGCAGGUGCCAGUCAGCGUCAAGACAGAAAUGACAGCUGCUAUUGCUGUGUUGGCUUUGAGUGAGGAAUUGAAGCUUCGAUUAUUGUAUAUGGGCGUAUUGGAGAUACUGGUGCCCAUGACACAGUACAAUCAUCUUGAAGUGCAAGGAAAUGCUGCUGCUGCGAUUGGAAACCUCAGUUCCAAAGGUAUUGUGUAUCCUGCUUACGAGGUACAACAAAACACUAAGCAACAUACAGUCCAGGAUUAUACACCCUUCAUCAAGGCUUGGGAUACGCCUGAUGGUGGACUGAACAGAUAUUUGACCACGUUUACAGGUCAGGAAAGUAGUGUUGCAUUUCAGCAUAUUGGUGUAUGGACAAUCGAGCAAUUUGCAGAAGGAGGAUGCCCUGAAUUGAUGGCCAAGAUUGUGGGAUCCAAAGAGAUUGUUGAAUCCAUUGCUCGCAUAGCCAGCAACAAGAAAUCAGCGUCAGACAAUGGUAAACCCUCCGUCGAAGAAUACACUGAAGGUGACCUACAGUCUCUGGGCAAGAGAGUUCUCACUACAUUACAAGAAUAUCAAGUGAAAUUACGUUCUGGUAUGAUUGCAACAGAGGAGAAUAAGAAAUCAUCAGCAGGCCACAAACAGCGAUAA